GCCAUGUUGGUGUUGAAUGAAGGGAGGGUGAGGAGAUGCUGCGCCCGGAGAGUCUGCCUGUGAGCGCCGAGUAGAUGGUCGCAGCCACGGCCGGGAGAGCGACAGGAGGACCGGGGGAGGGCCGUGCCCAGUGAGGGCAGCGCCGUGCCAGCAGACAAGGAGGGGAGACUAUGGCUGCUCAGCUGCCGGGGACAAGCCUGCCUCGCUGCCUCCUCCCGCUGCUUCUCCUCCUCAGCAUCCCUUUGUUCACUUCCAGCCGGGGGAAGCAUGCAGCCACCCGGGAGAGCACUGAUCACUGUCCCCCGGCCCUUGCUCCAGCCCUGUGCUUUGUGCACGAGGGGGCUUCCCUUCCAAGGCUGCAGGGGGCUCAGCGCACGGAGGAAGCCCACCACUCUCAGGCCGGGGGCCACAGCAGCCAGCCCAGGUCCCCCUGGCACUUCACCCUGUGCUGGGGACCCACGAUGGCCGCCCGACGACCCUCACGGGGGCCGACCGGGCUCCGCCGGUGCCGGAGGACGUCUGCUGGGGGCUGCGCAGGGGACGAGCCCAGUGCCACAUCCAGGGAGCCACCAAGGGGCCAAAGGAGCGAUGAAGAAGAGGGAGCCCCCUCCUGUUGUUGGAUUACAAAACCUCCCGGGCCGCCUGUGGACCCCAAGCCCGCCAGCAUAGGACCCCAUUGCCUUAAGAUCCACAGCAAGGACCUUGUUUUUUUGCAACACUGCCAGAAACCCGGCGUCACGCCAAGCAAUAGGACGGCGUUCGAGGGGAACGGGACUGACCGGUCCUUCGGUGCUCUCACAAUCAACAGCAGUUGCCUUUCCAGCAUCAACCAUCAAUUCGUCUUCCUCUGCCGUGUCUUUUCGUUGAAUGCAUUUCGGGGGGCACGCAACGGCGGCGCCGGUGAUUCGAACGUGAGGGGGCAGCUCGCCACCGGGGUGCCGCGCUGCAGGACUACCUGGGACUGUGGCCAAAGACACCUGCGUGCCGGGGUAGCAUUGUGCGCCUGCUUGGCGGUCCCUGAUAGGAACUUAACUGGGGGCUGCCUGGUCUGUACCCACACAGGAGAGACCCUGGGGAUCAGGCAGCAUCGUUCACACCUGGGGAUUUGCAAACUCGACUGUCGGGAGGGCACCAAGUCGGCUGGGAUCUGUGUGCGCCGUGCUGGCAGAUUUUGGGGCGGGCACGUGUGCAGCCGGUGCUGCGGGCUGAUCUGGGGUCUGUGUUCCGGGAACCGUGCUCAGGAGCAAUGGGGAGAGCAGCCUGCAGAGGGCACGUGGAGAGCAGAUGAGAUUUCAGCACCAGACCGACAGACAGCUCCCACAGCGGCUCCGGCUGCCUCCCUGCAGAUCCCUGCAGGCACUCGGCUCCCCCUGAAAGAAGCCUGCUUUCCGAAUUUCUCCUUCAACUCAACCAAAGGUUGCCUGAAAAUUAUUUUCCCAGCACCCGCUCCGGGGAGGCUCAGAACUAUUGAUCUUCAUACUGAACAAGCGUUAGCACGUAGCAAAGCCAUACAGCUGAACUCGCUGCCUCUCUCUCAUAUAUCACCCAGGCAGGGGGGCAGUGGGAGGGGUAGGGCAUCCCUUCCAUUAAUAAGGACACGCAGGGCAGCCAACCGGCAUCCCUACUUCCCCCAAUAUAAUUAUCAGGUUCAGGUGGCUGAAAAUCAGCCCCCGGGGACCCCUGUGAUAACCAUGACAGCGCAAGACCCUGAUACCGGGGAAGCUGGGAGGGUUGUGUACACCAUGGAUGCCCUGAUGAACAGCAAGUCUUUAGAGCUUUUCGGCAUAGAUUCAGUGACCGGUUUGAUCUCCAGCACGGAGAUCCUAGACAGAGAGAGCAUGGACCUACACUAUUUCAGGGUCACGGCCAUCGACCACGGGAGCCCGCGGCUGUCCGCCACCACGAUGGUGGCCGUGACGGUCACGGAUAAAAACGACCACAGCCCCAUGUUCGAGCAGGCCGAGUACAGGGAGAGCAUCAGGGAGAACGUAGAGGAGGGGUACCCCAUCUUGCAGCUGAGAGCCACAGACAUCGACUCCCAGGCGAACGCCAACAUCAAGUACCGGUUCGUCAACGAGCAGGCGGCUCACUCGGUUUUCGAGAUCGAUGCAAGAUCGGGUUUAAUCACCACCAGCGGGCAGGUAGACCGAGAGAAGAGAGAGAGGUACUCUUUGAUAGUGGAGGCCAGCGAUCAAGGUAAGGACCCUGGGCCUAGGUCAUCCACGGUCAAAGUCGAGAUAACUGUCCUGGACGAGAAUGAUAACGUGCCCCAAUUUAGCGAAAAGCGUUACAUAGUCCAGGUGAGAGAAGACAUCAGACCCCACACUGAGAUUAUAAGGGUUACCGCCACCGACUUUGAUAAGGAUAGCAAUGCGGUGGUACACUAUAACAUCAUUAACGGUAACAGUAGAGGGCAGUUCUCCAUCGACAGCUUAAAUGGCGCAAUUCAGAUCGUAGCCCCCUUAGACUUUGAAUCGGAGAGGGAGUAUACACUCAGAAUCCGCGCCCAAGAUGCAGGCCGCCCUCCGCUGUCGAACAACACCGGUAUGUUAAGUGUUCAGGUGGUAGACAUCAAUGACCAUGCCCCCAUGUUUGUUAGCACCCCAUUUCAAGUGAACGUGCUGGAAAAUGUUCCUUUGGGUCACUCCGUUAUUCACAUCCAAGCCGUGGACGCAGAUUAUGGGGAAAACGCUCGCAUGGAAUAUAAAUUGACCGGCGUGCUACCUACUACUCCGUUCGUAAUUAACAGCGCCACCGGUUGGAUCACUGUAAGCGGCCCCCUAGACAGAGAGACUGUAGAACAUUAUCUGUUUGGAGUAGAAGCCAGAGAUCAUGGGAACCCUCCCUUGUCUGCGUCUGCCAGUGUCACCAUUACCGUGCUGGAUGUGAAUGAUAACCGGCCGGAGUUCACCCAGAAGGAAUAUUUUAUACGUUUGAACGAAGAUGCCAGUGUGGGGACCAGCGUUCUUAGCGUAACCGCCAUAGACCGGGAUAUCAACAGCCCUAUCUCAUAUCAGAUCACGGGGGGCAACACCCGCAACCGUUUUGCAAUUAGCACGCAGAGUGGGUCAGGCCUAAUCACUUUAUCGCUGCCGCUUGAUUACAAACAAGAAAGACGCUACGUCCUGACGGUGACCGCCUCCGAUCGCAUCCUUCAUGACAACUGUUACGUCCAUAUUAACAUCACUGAUGCAAACACCCACAGGCCAGUCUUUCAAAGUGCGCACUACCCUGUUGAUAUCAACGAGGACCGGCCCAUCGGGAGCACCGUAGUGAUCAUUAGCGCCACGGACGAUGACGUCGGAGAGAACGCAAGGAUCAGUUACUUCCUGGAAGAAAAUAUCCCCCAGUUCCGUAUUAACCCCGAUACCGGAGUUAUCACGCUCAAUGGCCAGCUGGACUAUGAGGACCAAAUGACUUACACUCUUGCUGUUAUCGCAAAGGACAAUGGAAUCCCGCAAAAAUCCGACACGGCCUAUGUGGAGAUUAUGGUGAACGACGUCAACGACAAUGCCCCCCAGUUUUUAAACUCGCAGUAUCAUGGAAUAGUCUCGGAGGAUGCCCCUCCUUUUACUAGCGUCCUACAAAUUUCUGCCACCGACCGCGAUUCCCAUGCCAAUGGAAGGGUUCAGUACACAUUCCAAAACGGCGAAGAUGGAGACGGAGAUUUUACGAUAGAACCGACCUCAGGUAUUAUCCGUAGCGUACGCAAAUUGGACAGAGAAAGUGUCCCCUUCUAUGAGCUGACGGCUUACGCCGUGGACAGAGGCAUCCCCCCGCAGAGGAGCCCAGUUCGAAUCCAAGUCGCUGUUCAGGACGUCAACGACAAUGCUCCCGUUUUCCCAGCCGAUGAAUUUGAGGUCUACGUGAAGGAAAACAGCAUCGUGGGCUCGGUGGUUGGCCGAAUCAAAGCCACCGACCCAGAUGAAGGUCCAAACGCGCAGAUAAUGUAUCAGAUUGUCGAAGGCAACAUUCCAGAAAUUUUCCAAAUGGACUUCUUCUCUGGAGAGCUGACCGCCCUCAUAGACUUGGACUACGAAGCAAAGUCGGAGUACGUGAUCGUGGUGCAGGCCACCUCGGCUCCCUUAGUUAGCAGGGCUACCGUUCAUAUUAAGCUGAUCGAUCAAAAUGACAACACUCCCGUCCUAAAGAACUUUCAGAUCCUCUUCAACAAUUACAUCUCCAACAACUCCAACACUUUCCCCUCCGGUGUCAUCGGAAAGAUACCGGCCUAUGACCCGGAUGUGUCAGACAGACUCUUCUACACCUUCGAGCGUGGGAAUGAGCUAAAUUUACUGAUCGUCAAUCACUCAAGCGGGGAGUUACGGCUUAGCCGCAAGCUGGACAACAACCGUCCUUUGAUGGCAUCGAUGCUGGUCACCGUAUCAGAUGGGAUCCACAGUGUGACAGCUCAGUGUGUUCUACGUGUCCUCAUAAUCACUGAGGACAUGUUAUCAAACAGCAUCACCGUCCGCCUGGAGAACAUGUCUCAGGAACGCUUUCUGUCCCCCCUGUUGACCAGCUUCUUGGAGGGGGUCUCCACUGUGUUGGCCACCCCAAAAGAAGACAUUUUCAUCUUCAACAUCCAGAACGACACCGACGUAGAAGGGUCCAUCCUCAAUGUGAGCUUUUCCGCUCUUGUUCCUCAGGGGGAUCGCUCCCAGUUUUUCAGCUCCGAGGACCUUCAGGAGCAGCUCUACAUGAAGAGGAUGACGUUGACCUCUGCCUCCAUGCUGGAGGUUCUACCCUUCGAUGACAACGUCUGUCUUCGGGAACCCUGUGAGAACUACAUGAAGUGUAUAUCUGUCCUAAAAUUUGACAGCUCGGCUCCUUUCAUUGUCUCUGAGUCCAUCCUUUUCCGCCCUAUUCACCCCAUCACCGGUCUGCGCUGUCGCUGCCCUCAGGGCUUCACUGGGGAUUACUGUGAAACUGAGAUCAAUCUCUGCUACUCCAACCCAUGUUUAAAUGGAGGAAUGUGCGUCAGAAGGGAAGGCGGGUACACGUGUAUAUGCAAAGAACGUUUUACAGGUUAG